AUGGCUAGAAAGAGAAGGAAGAUAAUAUUGGAUAACAGAAAAAGAUUGAGAAAUUUCUUCAAUACUGAAAAUAGUGGGGUUCAAAUUUCAAAUAACAUUGUUAGUCAAAGUCAGAACAUCGAUCAUUCAUCUACCUCAAAUCAUAAUAUGUCAGUUGGGUCUCAUUAUCAGGACAAUGAUGACUCCAACUCUGACAAUAAUUUAAAUUCUUCUAAUAGUUCUGACUCUGAGGAGGAUUCAGUGUCAGCACAAUUACAGGAGGCCCAUCUUCAAGAAUAUUACGAUAUUGGAGACCAAAAUUAUGAAUGUGCACACUGCCAAGCAUGUAUGUGGUACCAAGAAAAAGUGAAUAGACACAAAAUUACAGCAAUUCCUCGGUUUCAUCGUUGCUUCCGUGGAGGAAAAAUUGUUCUCCAGUUCCUUGAGCAACCUCCACAGGUGUUGCAAGAUCUUCUAUUUAAUAAAACAUAUUCAGACAGUAAAAACAACCAGGCUAACAUACGAACAUACAACGCAAUGUUCUCAUUCACCUCCCCCAGAAUGAAAUUCGACACAACAUACUCUAAAAGAGGAGGGCCCCCUACUUUGAGACUACAGGGUCAGACCUGUCAUCGAAUUGGUACACUACUACCAGAAACCGGAAAAGCUCUGCAAUAUGCUCAAUUAUAUAUCUACGACACGGACAAUGAAGUUGAACACAGAAUAAAAUGUUUCAAGGACAACAAAGGCAUCGAGCGACCCGUUGUCAAUAAGCUCAAGCUAAUGUUAGAUGAGCACAAUGUUCAUGCCAAAGCUUUUAGAAUGGCAAGGGAUGUUUUUAGAACAAAUUCUUUCACAGAUUUAAAACCCAGACUUAUUUCUGAUAGAUCCGAAGAUGGCCGUGUUUACAACAAACCUACUGUCUUAGAAGUGGCUGCACUCAUUGUGGGAGACAUUGAUUCUGCUGAUAAAAGGGACAUCUUAAUUCAGCGCCGCAAUGGUGGUUUGCAACGAAUAGAUGAGUUUCACCCAGCAUAUUUGGCAUAUCAGUAUCCUCUUAUAUUUCCUUAUGGGGAAGAUGGUUACAGGAAAAAUAUAAUGCACAAAUAUCGCCAUGAAACUGAGGUCACUAGGAAAAACCGUCAGAGCAUUAAGGAUUGGUUUUCUUACCGGUUACAACAACGUCACAAAGAGGCAAAAACACUACUUUACUCAAGACGUAUAUUUCAACAAUUCUUAGUCGACGGUUAUGCUAUGAUGGAAUCCGAACGACUGAAUUGGUUGAGGGAUAAUCAAUCGAAGUUAAGAGUGGGCAAAUAUAAUAAUUUGACCACUCAAACUGAUGGCGAUAGAAGAAAUGAACACCAAAAGCGAGGGAAACGAGUUCUUUUGCCAUCAACAUUUGUUGGUAGCAAGAUAUAUAUGGAUCAACUAUAUUUUGACGAUAUGGCCAUUUCAAGUCGAUUGGGAUUCCCUGAUUUAUUUGUUACCUGCAACCCAAAUUGGCCUGAAAUUAAAAGAGCAUUGUCAGGAACAAGACUACAACCCCAUGAUAGGCCAUAUAUCAUUUCAAAAGUUUUCAAAAUAAAGUUUGAUACCCUCAUGGAUGAUAUUACAAAACACCAUGUCGUCGGAAAAGUUAUUGCAUAUAUGUACACCAUUGAAUUCCAAAAGCGUGGAUUGCCACAUGCACUCAUAUUGAUAUUCCUACACCCUCAGAGCAAAUACCCAACACCAUCUGACAUAGACAACAUCAUUUCUGCUGAAAUUCCCGACCCGACUGUUCAUCCCAAUUUAUACAAGUAUGUCUCCCCCAGUGAAGCAUGCUGGUGCAUUUACUCUUACAAUAUUCAUGGCAGAAAACCGGCUGUGGAACGUAUGUUCUACCAUUUGGUUGGGGAGAAACCUAUCUACUAUACAGAUUAUGCACGCAUGGAAAAUGUGCUGGAAACUGCAAGUGUGACUGAAUCAAUGUUUACUACAUGA